AUGCCAAGCUUGCCGUUUGUGACUUCACUUGGCCUGCAUAAGGCUCCACCCUGCGCGGCUGUCCAGCCAAGUCCGCGCGCAAACAUCGUCGCAUUGCUCUACUCACGCAUUUCAACUCUCUGGCACUACCAGAACAGUGGAUCGAGGGAUAUGGUUGAGUCGAUUGGUGCCACACCUGGCGAGAUACCUGUCGCCUGCAAGCCCAUGGUCAACAGAGUCAUGCAGCUCUUCCAAUCAGCCAAGUACAGUGAUCUCAAGGUCACCUGCAACGACUUCACCUGGGACGUCCAUCGCGCAAUUGUGUGCCCAGCAGCCGAAUACUUCAGAUCACGCUGCGAAUACACGCCCGUCGGGCAGCUCGAUACAAUCAAGCUUCUAGAUGACAACGUCAAAAUAGUAUACGCGAUGUUCCAGUACAUUUACACCGCCGACUACAACGACGACUUUGCGCCCGAGAUUCCACCCGUUCUGUUCAAUGUCCACGUUCAUAACAUGGGGAGCAAAUAUGGGGUUCUCCAUCUCUGCAAGCUCGCUGAAGCAAAGUUCACAAAAGUCGCCAUGAAAGAGUGGGAGUCAGAGGAUUUUGUGAAGGCCAUAGCCGAGAUGUACACGACAGAGCCAGAGUCGAAACAAGUUCUUCAGAAGACAGCAGCCAAAAUCGUGGCUAGGCGGGCCAAACUUCUGCUCAAGGCCGAAGACUCCAUGUUCGCCGAGCUCUCGAGGGAGAUAGGCCUUUUUGCUCACGACGUCGCUAUGCAACUUAUGGGCACAACUUUUCCGGAGCGGGACAACGAGCUUCGUUAUGAGUGCCCGAGCUGCAAGAAGACUUUUGUUCGGGAGAAGCUUCCCGCGCACGGCAAGGAUUCGGGAGAGGUUUACGGCUGGUGUCCGUUUGGUUGCGGCCAUGACUACGUCGAGAACUUCAACGUGGUCGACGAAUAUUGA